GGCGUCGUGCGCGCCGAGUGAGCGGGGCCGCGCGCGCGCGGACGCCGGGCGAGUGAGGGCGAGGGGAGCGGCUGGGUGUGAGUGCGUGUGUGUGUGUGUGUGAGUGUGAGUGUGUGAGUGUGAGUGAGUGGGGGCGGGCGGGCGGGAGCGCGUGGGCGUGGGAGUGGGGGUGAGGGCGAGCCGCCGCGACCUGCGAGGCUGCGAGAGGGCGGGCGAGUGCUCGAGGGCGCCCGGCCUGGCUGCGGGAGCCGCGGCGGCGGCGGCGGAGAAAAGAGGCGGCUCCCGACCCCCUCCCCCUUCCCCUCGGACCUUCAUCCCGCCCGGCAGCCCGCGCUUCUCCUCAGAGGCCCAGCCCCGCUCCGCCGGUCAGGAUCCAGGGAGGAGCCGCCGAGCCAGAAAGAGUUUACAUCCAGGAAGAAAUAAUCCAGGAAAAGGAAGAAUAAGCAGGUCAAGAUGUGUAGCUCCGUGGCUGCCAAGUUGUGGUUUUUGACAGAUCGUCGAAUCAGGGAAGACUAUCCACAAAAAGAGAUCUUACGAGCAUUAAAGGCCAAAUGUUGUGAGGAGGAACUGGACUUUAGGGCCGUGGUGAUGGAUGAGGUAGUGCUGACAAUCGAGCAAGGAAACCUGGGUUUGCGGAUCAAUGGAGAGCUAAUUACUGCCUAUCCCCAGGUGGUGGUAGUGAGAGUACCAACCCCUUGGGUGCAAAGUGAUAGUGACAUCACUGUUUUACGCCAUUUAGAGAAGAUGGGAUGCCGGUUGAUGAACCGACCUCAGGCCAUCCUGAACUGUGUUAAUAAGUUCUGGACCUUUCAAGAGUUGGCCGGCCAUGGUGUUCCUCUGCCCGAUACUUUCUCUUAUGGUGGUCAUGAAAAUUUUUCUAAGAUGAUUGAUGAAGCAGAAGUACUGGAGUUCCCAAUGGUAGUGAAGAAUACACGAGGUCAUAGAGGCAAAGCUGUUUUCUUGGCUCGAGAUAAGCACCAUUUGGCUGAUCUAAGCCAUCUUAUUCGCCAUGAAGCUCCAUACCUGUUCCAGAAGUAUGUUAAAGAGUCUCAUGGACGGGAUGUACGUGUCAUUGUUGUGGGAGGCCGUGUGGUUGGCACCAUGUUACGCUGUUCAACAGAUGGGAGGAUGCAAAGCAACUGCUCACUAGGUGGUGUGGGGAUGAUGUGCUCUUUGAGUGAGCAGGGGAAGCAGCUAGCUGUCCAGGUGUCUAAUAUCCUGGGGAUGGAUGUGUGUGGCAUUGACCUGUUGAUGAAAGACGACGGCUCCUUCUGUGUCUGCGAGGCCAAUGCAAAUGUAGGUUUCAUCGCCUUUGAUAAGGCUUGUAAUCUAGAUGUAGCUGGUAUCAUAGCGGACUAUGCCGCCUCCCUUCUGCCCUCUGGCCGGCUCACCCGGCGUAUGUCCCUGCUCUCCGUGGUGUCCACGGCCAGUGAGACUAGUGAGCCGGAGCUGGGUCCCCCAGCCAGCACUGCUGUCGACAACAUGAGCGCAAGUUCCAGCUCUGUUGACAGCGACCCUGAAAGCACCGAGCGAGAACUGCUCACCAAGCUCCCAGGGGGCCUAUUCAACAUGAACCAGCUGCUAGCCAAUGAAAUUGAACUCCUGGUGGAGUGACUCCACUGGUAAAUAAUUAACCAACAAAACCCUGUAAAACUUGCUUUUUCUUUUUUUCUUCUUAUUUUUUUAACCAACUUGCAAUGCUGUUCAUGGAAUAUGCUCAGGAAGAUGAGAGAAAAUUGAGUAGGAUUAGUUAGAAGAGAAGAAAGAGGGAGAUAGACAAGACCUCUGCUAGUAAGAUGUUACUGUCUUGCAUUUACCGAUGAUACAGAUAGGCUAGGCAGAAGAGGUGAGAUACAGAAAAAUGUCAGGUUCUCAUAGUUACCCUUUUAAUUACUCAAAAAUGUGCGUGUUCUCAGGCCAUAAAGAACAUACAAAAUUUUUUCAUGAUUCCUUGCUUUUGUUUUUGUACAGUUGGUAUAAAUUUCAGAGUAGCAUAACUUUACAUUGUGUGGCAAAGAUUUAUAAUGGGUUUAGGAAAACAUCUAUCUAAAUUAUAGGAAUUUUUUUAUACAAAUCUGAAAAUUCUGCCUUUACCAUAUUAACUAGCAGCUUUAUAUUCAUAGUUUAUGAUGUCUUGAGGGGGCUCUUAUUGGGAUUUAUUAUUUCUGUUUUUAGUUUUUCCCUUAAUUUGAGUGGGAGGGCAAUGUGAAUAUGACCCAAUAAAGGUUUUUUAAAUGACAAAAUUGGCAUGUUUGCAUGAUAAGGGGAAAUGAACAGUAUUGCAAUGUCUGGUACACAAAAUAUCAUUUACUCCAAUGUAGAUAAAAUUACACUAGUUUAAAAUAUGUGCAUUGACUUGUAUUUGUUAGUGUUUUAGUCUUUUUUGAAAGAUAUAUACUCUGUUAAUGUUGCAUUUUUUAAAACACCCUAAUCUAACAUUCCCUAAUCUAUACCUGCAUCUUUAACAAUGGCCAAAGUGAAGAAAAUGCUACCUUUUUUGUUAAUAAGACACUGACUUCAGACAUGCACAUUGAAAGCCUUUUAUUUUUGUUCCCCUUUUUUCUUUUAGUGGUUGGGCAUUUAAAGAAUUAGGACAAGGAAAAAUAUUUUGGGUGGCAAAUCAAAGGCCUAUUAGUUCUUAAGCAUAAGCUGAAGUGAUUUCUAAUUUUUCAGCAUUAUAUUGCAUUUUUCACAUUUUAAGAGGGAGUAUAUAUGUGUGUGUGUGCACGCAUGCAUGUGUAUGUGUUUUGCUUUUUGUUUACACCAACCAGUCAAAAAGGAUAGAUUCUAGAAAAUGGAGCAUGAUGGGAAACACUUUUUAAAAAAACUUUAAAAGCAGAUUAGCUGUUUUCAUAACUGUACUCCACUGGGGUAGAGGUACUCACCUAAAAACAUAAGGAAAAUAGAUGCUUCUUAGGUUUUUUGUGUAUAUGUUGUUUGUUUGUUUGUUUUUCUUUGUUUCUGGACUGUUCAGUGUAUGAUUUAUUCAAGGCUACAUGCUUUUUUCUUCAGUGCUUCUGACUCUGUUUCCUCCUGUUUACACAUAGGUUUUGGGGUGGGGUAGACUGGGCGUUUUUGUUUGGGGACUUAGCAGUAUUGAGUCUCUUGUAGCCCUACUCUGAAACCUUCAGUACUCUCCACCGUUUAUAUUCCUUUACUUUCUGGAUUUAUAAAAGCCCCAAAACUGCAUAUAAUAUGAGCCUUUACAACCUGGGUAAAACUAUGCCAGUGAUGGUUUUGAAGGAGUGUUAAGAAAUGGAGGUGCUCCAGAGCUCAACGUAAUUUUUUUUUAAACGGCAAGUUCCAUCUCCCUACAAUCCUCUGAAGCUUUCACCCAAGUCCUUUCUUGCCUCUCCAGUGCUUUUUUCCUUCAGAUGGACCUUAAACUUAAUUUCUUGGACACUACUAGAAAGACUUCGAGGCAAUAAUAAAGAUCAGUAUUAACCAGCUCUAAUGAUCUAACAGAGGUUUGAUCAUGCUUACUUGUACAGUUUUCCCCCAUUUUAAAAAGGAAUGUAAUAAAAUUUUUUUCCAUAGAACUAAAUAAUA